AUGGCUCUCCCAUGGAGUUCCGCUAUUAUAGGCCCACUUCUGUUUUUGAUCUAUAUCAAUGACUUGCCUAACUGCUUGAACGAGGGUUUACCUAGAAUGUAUGCUGAUGACACGAACAUCAACAUGCAAAGUAAUAAUCUUUCUGAGCUAGAAAAUCUUAUGAAUGCUGAAAUAGCCAAUUUAAACACAUGGCUAGAGGCAAAUAAGUUAAGUUUAAAUAUUGCCAAGACUGAAUUUAUGAUUAUUGGAUCUCGUCAAAGACUUUUAACCUUUGAUAAUCAGAAUGUGGAAGUAUGUGUUAACAAUAAACAGAUUAAUAGAGUGCUGAAGUCUAAGUCAUUAGGUUUAACAAUUGAUGAGAACUUGACUUGGAAAUAUCAUGUUGAUAAUAUCACCAAAAAAGUCUCUUCGGGUAUCAGUGCUCUCAAACGAAUGAGAGAUUUUAUUACCACAGAAACUGCAAUUCGAGUUUACCAAAGUUUGGUGGAGCCCUAUUUUUCCUAUUGUGCCCCUGUUUGGGAUGGCCUAGGUAAAAAGCAAAGCGAAAAAUUACAAAAAUUACAGAAUAGGGCCGCCCGUGUUAUUACCAUAGAUAUCUUAUAUACACUAGAUAGCGCAUCUCUUUUAGUAAAAUUGAAGCCAACAAUAUUCCAGCGGUUACCCCCAUUUGAAUAGAUGGCGGCCAUGUUGGUCGUUCCCACUUGCUAGUAAACGCUUAAAAACAACAAUAAUUUUCAUAAUUUCAAUAUUUUAAAAACGUAUUUGGAAUAGGGUUAACUUAAUGUUUAAGUUCCCUGUUUAAGAAAUAGAAAACAUACGAAUCUUCUAAUUUCAUGGGAACAACCUGAGACUGCAAUCACGGCUUCAAUUUUUGAAUUUCUGAAUAAUUAGAUGCACUAUCUUGUGUAUAUAAGAUAUCUAUGGUUAUUACCCGUUCAUCCUAUGAUAUUUCAUCAAGUUCUCUUCUUGAAGAACUUAAUUGGGAAUCAUUGUCCACUAAGCGAUUAAAGCAAAAGGCAAUCCUCAUGUUUAAUACUAUUAAUAAACAUACACCAUUCUAUUUACAAGAGAUGUUUUCUCCCAGUGAGAGUGUUUAUAACCUGAGAGAUUCUUAAGGUAAACUUUAUGUCCCAAAACCACGCACAGAUUAUUUGAAACGCUCCUUCAGUUACAGUGGAGCCUCUUUAUGGAAUGGCCUGCCAGAAUCUCUUAGAUCAGUAACCUCUCUCGCUGCAUUUAAGACAGGUUUAGAAGCCUUCUUAAUAAAUAAUCGAUCUGACUCCCACACGGCAAUCAGGUAGAACAGUAUCUAUAUUUCUUUUUGCUCCUUUUAAAAUUUUUUAAUAUUUUUGUAAAUAACUAUACUGAUGAUUUUCCGUGUUUAAAUAAAGUUGAUGUAUGUAUGUAUGUAUGUAUGUAUGUAUGUAGUAUCUGAGAGUACAAUACGACGACGUGUCGACGUCGACGUUCAUUUGUUUCAGCUAAUACGAACAGGGAAUCACAUUCUACCAUAAGGGACAAUGAUCUUGAUCUACUUGUUCGUGGUAUCUUACAAGUAACACCCAUGCAGAAUUGGCUAUGGAUUAGUACAAGAAUAUUUAUAUUUCUCUUGUAAACAUCCAGACGGCGAGAAAAAUAUUCGGCUGCAUCAGCAAUGUUUGUGGUUAACUUCCGUUUCCUGACUUUCUCUGUAUUUUAGUUCUUUACUUCCGUUUCCUUUCGAUUUAUAUUUUUGACUUUUCGAUUUAUUUUUAUGAGCCGCGGCUUUGACUUGUCAUUUGGGAGUUUCGCUUUAUAAAUAGAACUUAGGACUUGCAUUUAGUUUUCAUAUAUAUCCUUUGAGGUUUGAAAUGUAUUUUGCAUUUUUCAAGUAUAUGCUUUAAACUUUCGUUUUAUUUUUUUUUUUUUUUGAGUUUGAACUUUAUCUUGAUAUUUUCAACAUUAUAUUGAGAGUUAUAACAUGUUUAUAUGAUGUUUGAAUAUUUCUUAUUGACUUGAAAUAAUUUUGACCGGAACGGAACGCCAUAUAUUGUCGUCAAAUUCAAGCGAAGAAGAUGACGCUGUCACAAACCCAAUUCAACUGGCAAUAAAUAAAGGAGCCAAUAUUACAGAGCCUGAUCGAGCUGCUAUUUCGAGGAAGCGGAAAAUCGUAAAAAACAGUGGGAAAUACAAGGCAAGUCGUGUGAAAAAUCACUCGAAAAAUGAUACCUGUGUUUGGGACAAACUAAAAGAUUUCCCUGGUCAACAUUUCGUCAACGAAAAUGGGCAGUUACGAUGUAAUGCCUGCAGUGAGAUAAUUAGUAUUAAAAAAAGUUCCAUCGAGAAGCACGUCCAAUCGAAAAAACAUGUAAACGGAAUUGCAAGCAUCGCCAAAAGCAAAAAGGAGAACCAGACUAUUUUGGAGUGUUUAAAAAAGCAAGAUAUACGCGAUCGUGCGAGCGGCUCAACUUUACCUGAGGAUAUGAGGCUGUUUCGUUUUGAACUAGUAGAGACGUUUCUGCUAGCUGGUAUAGAAAUUUCAAAGCUUGACAUCAUACGUCCUUUUCUUGAAAAGUAUGCUCGGCACAGGUAAUAAAUGGGACAUUAGCACUAGAAUAUAAUGUUGUAAUUUGAUAAAAGAUCUCUAAGUCCUUAUGUUAAAUGAAAUUUACGAUGUGGUAGUUGCUGCAUCUUGGGUAGGUGUGGAAAACACAACACCACGUAUCAUGAUUAAUGUGUAAUUGAAUAGUGGUUAAAUAUUCAUUGAUUAUAUAGGUUAACCGGCGCUAGCCACAUGAAAGAUAUCAUUAGAGUUCUGGAUAUAUUUUUACGCCAUUGGAUAAGUUUGUUUGCCAAUAGCUAUAAUGCCAAACUUCUUUGGAAAGAGAGAACUGGCCAAUCAAUGCGCUCUUACAGUAAUACACGAUGGUGGAGUAAGUGGGAGGUCCAAAAACAAGUCUAUGAAUAUUUUGGUGAUGUCGUGCCCUUCCUGCGAGAAAAUGAGAAUCUCUCCCCUGCAACACGCCAACAUCUUUUGGAGAUAAUUGACAACCCUCGCGAUCUUCAGGAUCUCCGUUUGGAGCUUGCUGUAAUUGUUGACGCUGGUGUCCAAUUUGUCAAGGCAACCUACUAUUUGGAAGGUGACGGGCCGCCUAAUUUUCUCCUGUUACGAGCGUUUAUCAGCUGUUAGUAAUGCCAUUGGAGUAGCCAAUUUUCCAAGCAACUCUGCUAUUGCUCGAGAAAGUGCCAACGGUGACGUUGUGGUUCAAAACCAGCUCAUUACUCAGGCAAAAGCAUGUGUGCAACCCGGACUGCUCUUUUUUCAGGAAAAGUUCAGCGUGCAGUUCCACACAAUUGUUCGCGCUUUUAAGGUGUGCCUGUUAUUAACUCGCAUUCAUUGUGGAAUUACAUGUUUACGUGAAACUAGUAUUUGAUUUAUCCUUGUUAUAUUCAUUUCGAAAUCAGAAAAAGUCUAAAUUUAUUUUAAUAAUAAUUAUAUUAUUACCGUUAUUAGUAUAUUGUAAAGGUCGCACGUCUUUGUUGCCCAGUUCAAGUCCAACAACUAAAGCCAGAUGCUGCUGCACUCGAAGAAUUUAGCAACUUUCCAUUCGUGAAUGACAACACAAUAGCCAACUUAGCUAAUGAGUUGCCAGAUUAUCUUGCGGCUGUUGAUGGCGUCACUUUAGGCAAUGAAGAUGAAAAAGUUACCUGGUGGGCAGUACAACGCGAUACUUUACCACACUGGUCAGCUCUGGUGAAGAAGAAGUUGCUUCUAAUCCAGCCUAGCUCUGCUGCUGCUGAACGUGUGUUUAGUUUGCUUAACAGUAUGUCAUCGCAACAGGGAAACUCACUCGAAGAUUACAUUGAGGCAUCUGUUAUGGUCCGCUAUAACAGCACUCAAAGAAAGCACUAG